AUGGUCACACGUCAAGCGCCUCAAAUUCUCUCGUCUGAUGCGCCGGUAGAGGAAGAAGGGCUGCCUGAUUACGAUGCCCGCCAUUUCUGCCCAGUAAACCCUGGGGACCUCUUCAAUAACCGGUAUAAGAUGCUUGUCAAGCUCGGAUGGGGCCGUUCCUCAACUGUUUGGUUAGCUCAAGACAUGUCACGCUGGCGGUGGCAGUCCAAUCGCUACGUUACUAAGGUAUCAAGAAUAUCCGAACGCCUAAAUGCUAAUCCAUCGCACAAAGGAUAUAAAGCUGUUAGGGCCCUACGUGAUGAUUUCGAAAUCGCGGGGCCAGACAACAGCGCGCACCUGUGCCUUGUCUAUGAACCGAUGAGAGAACCGCUUUGGCUAUUUCAACGGCGCUGGGAGGAUGAAACAAUACCGCCUAGACUUCUUAAGGCAUACUUGAAGAUUCUUCUUUGGGGGCUAGAUUAUCUUUCACUCCGAGUUGACCAUCCAUCCGUACUCGAAGAUUUCGUCGGAAAACUGGCCGAACAUCCCAUGGCGCGAAAGGUCAAGGAUGGCCGAUCAGUCUACCUAUCGCAUAAUGACUUCGGGCAGCUGAGGUCAUUGCGUAUCAUACCCCAGAUCGCGGAUUUUGGGUUGGCAGAGUUUGGUGACGGCCACAGCCCUCUCACACGUCCUAUCCAACCCCCGAUCUUCCAAGCCCCUGAGGUCUUACUAGGCACCAGCUGGUCAUACAGCGCUGAUAUUUGGAACUUCGGCGUACUCAUCUGGGAGUUAAUGGAGAACAAAGACUUGUUCAGGAAUAUUCUUUCCAGCCAAGGGACCUACGACAGCCGAGCACAUAUUGCAGAGAUAAUUGCAUUACUAGGCCCCCCACCGAAAGUACUCGUCGAAAGAGAAAAAAGGUGGAGUGAAGUCAAAUGGAGCCAACCUUUUCUAAAUUCAGAAGGCACACCUUGCCACACAGCCCGCGAGUAUUUCAAUGGACCUUUCUUCAGUCCAGAAGGCGAUUUCCUAUAUAACCACCUCAUCCCGAGCAAUAUGACUCUCUCAGACUCGGUUACUUCUCUUGAAGGGGAGGAUAAACAGCUAUUCCUUGAUUUCAUCAGUCAUAUGCUUCAAUGGCUCCCAGAGAAGAGAAGCACCGCGAAAGAACUCCUAGCGCAUCCGUGGUUGGACUUUAUCCCGAGCUGA